UAGCAACCCUGGGUGCCAUCGUGUUCCGCAGAGGUAGCGCCGACGAACUCUCCACUAUAUUCGUCCAUUUCGAUUUUAUUCCCAGUGGCAUUUACUACGUUGCUUCGUUACUCUCAGUCAAACGGAACAAUGUCGGGAAAUCUAGAUAUUCUAGCCUUGCAAAAUGAUGUGGUUUCCAAAAUGUUGGCCGCCACGACCCACGUUGGCAGUACAUCGGUCAACUUCCAAAUGGAGUCCUACGUGUACAAACGCCGCCCGGAUGGUGUUCAUAUAAUCAAUCUUGGACGCACCUGGGAGAAGUUGCUGCUGGCUGCACGUUGCAUUGCUAGCAUCGAAUAUCCCGGAGAGGUAUUUGCCAUCUCCUCUCGUCCUUUCGGGCAACGUGCUGUGCUUAAAUUUGCACACUAUACCGAGGCCACACCCAUUGCUGGUCGUUUCACGCCUGGUGCAUUUACGAAUCAAAUUCAACCGGCGUUCCGUGAGCCGCGUCUACUCAUCGUCACCGAUCCGCUGACCGAUCAUCAGCCCGUUACUGAAGCUUCGUACGUGAAUAUUCCGGUCAUCGCUUUCUGCAAUACCGAUUCACCAUUGAAGUUUGUGGACAUCGCUAUCCCAUGUAACACUAAGGCACCGCACUCGAUCGGUUUGAUGUGGUGGUUGUUGGCCCGCGAAGUCUUACGCCUGCGUGGUAAGAUCGCCCAAGGUGACUGGGAUGUUAAGCCCGAUUUGUUCUUCUACCGCGAUCCGGAAGAAGCAGAAAAGGAACAAGCAGCCCUUGAGGCUGCACCGGUGUCUAAGGAUACAUAUGCCGAUGAAGCGCAAACUGGACCGGAUAAUGGAACUUAUGCCGGCGAAGAAGCUCCGGUAACUGUUCCGGCCAUUGCUGCUGCUCCAAUGGGUUCGUUGAUCCAAACCGAUGACUGGAAUGAGGAUGACACCCAAACCACUACCUCCUGGGGUGGCGGCGGUACAUUCUAGGCGGUUCAGCCAGCGGCGGUCAGCCAACGAAACGGUAUACUUGUACGUGUAAUUUACGUAUCAGCUGCCUAAAAUAAAACAUCUAAGGCUAC